UUUCCGGCCGGACGGUUUUGGCCGGAGCGCCGGGCCAUGGCGGUGCUGCGCGUGCGCCACUGCCGCGCGCUCCUGUACUGCCGGCGCGCGCCGCCGCGCUGCCCCGCGUGCGGAGGGGACCUGCGCGGAGCCGGGCUGGCCGCCGCGCCUGUCCGCCUGGACAGCCCCUUCCGGCACGGCCACGGGCAGCCCCGCGCCUUCCUCGUCAGGCCCACCCGCGGCACCUUCCUGGACGGCUACGACGGGCACAGCGACCUGCACGUGGGCAUCAGCAGCUCCCAGGGUGUGGUGUACAACUACGACCAGGAGGGCGUGCACAGGGAUGGCAGGGGCUGGGAGCAGUGCAUCAGCAUCCCCCUGGUGCAGCCAGACAUGUGGGAGCUGCUGCAGCACUGGGACAACCUCCUGGAGGAAUUCUCCUUGGAAGAGGCCUGGCUCCCUCACAGGUACGAGGAGCAGCAGCACAACUGCUACACCUUCGCCUUGGCGUUCAUCAACCGCGUGCGGCAGGGCCGGGGCGGGGCCGCCCUGAGCAAGGCGGAGUUCACGGAGCGCUUCCUGCUGGCCCGCAGCCGGGAGGCCGCCCGCUACCUGCGGCUGCAGCAGCAGCUGGCUCACAGCGAUGUCUACAUCGUGCCCUUGGCUGAGCAGGAGCAGCAGGAGAGCCUGCCUGGGAACCACAGCCCGCUGGAGUAGCGAUGGGAAAGGAAGGGCGCCUCAGGGGUUAAGGUUUAAUGUGGAUAAAAACAUCGUUAACUAAACCCUGCACCUCAGGAUACUGAGCUUGUGCAUUUCAGGGAAGUUACACACACACGAUGUACACACGACAGAGAAUUUCCAUGGGAACUAUUCCUGUGGAAAAAUGUUUUGUGAUUUAACAUUCACUGUGUGCUCUGUUCUGCAAAGACACUUCACACCAGAAAUCAGAACUGCUGGGGAAUUCAGGGAUUUACAGAUGAACUGUGGGAACUUCAGCUGUAGCAAACCAAAAUGGCCUUUUCUGUCAUACUUGUUUACUGAUGAGUGAAAAAGGGAACAUGUGCUUGUGUGCUGCUAAAUCCCAUCCCUGUCUGUUAAUUUCCUUUCCUUUAAUUACUAGUAAAUAUACCAA